GGGGGCAGUUCAAAAUGGUUGAUGGGCUUUCAAAUACCAAGAGGUGCAGAAUGUGCAUGUCCCCCUCCAACUAUUCCGAGAAGUCGCACAGCUGCAACCUCCUCUGUCCUCACACAGAGAUGAGAUGAAAAAUCAACAUCCCGUUAAAAAAAUUGCUUUUCAAGCUUCAGCCAAGAGGUCUCACGCGCUCUGUUCAGUCACUACAUUCCUUCUACGAUAAUAUACAUGCAAAUAAAGGGUAAAGGGGAAUUCUGAAAUUAGGUGAAACUGUACUCCACUCUCCUUAUCUCUCAUUUCCCUUCCUCUCCUGAGGAGCUCCUUUCUCUGCUCGUUUCUGUUUCCAUAAUGCUCUGACAAGCUCUCGUGCCAGCAUGUGUUUACUUCAUUCUGUGCUCCUGGAAACUGUAAAGCUCAGAGCUGAGGUGCUUGCUUCUGUGCCAGCCGCACGCUACUGACACACUUUGAUAAGGCCAAAAAAGAAAAAUGAAAAAAAAGAAAAAGCUAAAUGUAAUCAAAUUUCUGUGUGGAGGAGCUCCCCUGUUGGCUGAGACCUUGAUUCAAACACACCAGACUCCUGAGUGGUUCAUCACUAAACUUCAAGGCAAUGACCUCUGACCCCCCAGCUCUCACUGAAGUGGAGACCCCUGAACCUGCUGCUGCUGCUCAUACUGAAUCCGCCACAGUGGAGCACAGCAGCACCGGCCGAACCCAAAGCCUUCCAGAAACCAGCAGCAUCCCACUGCUGGACAUUCGGAAUCCACUGCUCCUGGACUCUCCUCCUCCUCUAACACCUCCUCUUCCUCCGCCGCCUCCUCCUCCUGCUACAGACAGCCCUGACCUCCCACCUCUGUCACCUCCAGUCCUGCCUCCACCUCUGCCGUCAUCCAAACCAUCAUCCACCUCCAGCCCUCCUAAUACUCCCCCAACGCCGCCUCUCGCUGAGAGCCCCCAACGUCCCACCACCCUCAACCUAAAGACACUGCCGCGGCCCACAGUGAGGGAGAAUGGCGUCCCCCCACUUGGGGUGGAUGAGGAUGAAGAGGAGAGAAAGUUGCUGGAGGAGGAUCUGAAGAAAUGCAUUGAGGAUUUCAAAAAGAUCCGCUUGCCCAGAGUGUUUCCGGAUCGUAAGAGGCACUGGCAAAGUGACUUGCUCAAGAAGUAUAAUGCAUAGAGAGCUUUGCUGUGGCGACAUGGUGAACAAACUUGACAAGGAUUUUUUUUUUUUACAAUGGGGAGAAUCUGUUGUGAGCGGUGGACUACAGCUUUAUAUUCACAGAAAGUUUACUCACACCUCUAAUGUAGUAGGUUUUGCAUGUCAACAGAGCAACAUUUAAUGAAAAGUGUAGUGCUUAGGCUGAGCUAGUCUAGCAGUCACACAUACAAGAUUAAAACGUUAAGAUUUGUCUUUUUCCUUUAGAGAUUUUUAGUGUUUCUUCUUUGCUCCACACAGCUAUUGGGAAACAUUAAAAAGUAUUUGAAUCAUUUUCUUUCCACUCAGUCAAAUGAUAAUAUAUGUCAUGUCAUUGAUUAGAAAUUUCUGCCCUGCUCUCUGUAACAUGUUCACUGAUCAAGCAACUGGAAAAUGUGUGAAAUUUUUAGGCAUUUGACCUUGCUGAUGCAAAAUAAAAGAAAAAAGUGAAAUCUCUGGUGCUAAUCAUCAUCAUCUAAUCAAAACUAUUUCACCUCAUCAAUAUUAACCAUAUGACUUCAAAGCCUUUCUUCUCCCCUCUCUCCCUGUGAUUCGAAAGCUCUGCAGUUUUGUUCAUUUUGUGAUUGCAUUAUCUCCAAGCUAGCGAUGGAAAGAAUUCAGAACGAGAAUGUGGUGUACCGGUAAGCGA